CUGCGGGGGUGUCGGGUUCGAACGAGGCGUGACCCAGCUGACGAGCGCUGUGCGGAGCCGGGCAGCAGGCGCGGAGCCGGAGGGUAACGGUGGCAGCAGACGGUGGCGCACGGCGUCGGUUCGCGGUCGGCUCUGGCGCGGCGUCUCGCCCACGCCCUCGUGAGCCUGGGGAACCUGCAGCUCAAAGCCGCCACCAGCCACACCGCCAUGAACCCCGGCAACAAGCGGAAAAAGCUCUGGCGGGAGGAGAAAGAGCGUCUGCUGAAGAUGACCUUGGAAGAAAGACGCAAAGAAUACUUAAGGGAUUAUGUUGCAUUGACAACUAUUCCAACGUGGAUGGAAGACUUAAAAAGUGAAAACGCUAAAGACGACCUGCAAGGGAAGAAAAGUCUGAGCGAGAAAGUUUCUCUCUAUAGAGGUGACAUUACACUGCUCGAGGUUGAUGCCAUCGUUAAUGCUGCAAAUUCCAGCCUUCUUGGAGGAGGAGGAGUGGAUGGCUGUAUACACAGAGCUGCUGGGCCCUGCUUAGUUGCUGAAUGUCGCAACCUGAGUGGCUGUGAGACUGGACAAGCAAAAAUUACAUGUGGAUAUGACCUACCUGCAAAAUAUGUGAUCCAUACUGUUGGGCCAAUCACAAGAGGCCAUCUCACUGACAUUCAUAAAGAAAACUUGGCAAAUUGCUAUAAAUCCUCUCUGAAACUAGCAAAAGAAAACAAUAUCAGAUCAAUUGCAUUUCCCUGUAUUUCAACAGGAAUUUAUGGUUUUCCAAAUGAGCCUGCUGCUGUCAUUGCCCUUAACACUAUUAAGGAAUGGUUAAGCAAGAAUCACAAUGAGGUGGAUCGUAUCAUCUUCUGUGUCUUUUUGGAGGUUGACUACAAAAUUUUCAAGAAGAAAAUGGGCGAGUUUUUUCCUCUAGAUGCUGCUAAUGAAGAAGGGACUGAGCUGAGUGAAGAGACAGAAGGAUUGGAACAAAAAGGCCAGCCUCCAUCUCCCACAAAGAGCAAAGCGGAGCAGCCUGAGGACCUGCAAGGUGAUGCUGAAGGUGGUACCUGUACAGAGGAGAAGCAAAACACUGAAGAAACUGAGACCCAGAGCAGAGAAGCGGAAGAUAUGAAACCUUCAGCUGUAGCAAAUCUGUCAUCAUCAGAAGAAACAGAGUUGAGUGAUGAUAAAGACUCUCUGAAAGACUUCAAAGGCGCAUGGGAGAAUGACCCAGUGCAUCCUGUAGGAUGUGAACAAGAUCAAGCCGAAGGACAACAGGAUGUUUCUGCAGAGGAGAUGAAAACUGGGGCAGAUUCCCAAAGUUCCUGCAUGGAAAUAAAAGACACAACAGAAGUUGAGAUACCUUUGAUUCAUGGUGCAGAGGAAAAAGAAGAAGGAAAAGAAGAAGAAGGGAUGCAGAGGAAAGAAGAAACUUCUGUGGAGCCUAUGAAAGUUGACCUUGCAUGUGAAGCAGCAGACAUUUCAAAAAAGGAUGCUCAGUCUGGUAGCAGAUGGAAGUUCUCUCCCUAGGACAUUUACUAUUGAUAGAACUGUCACAAUUUGGUGACCCAUCAGCAGUUCCAGUCAGGUUUGUGGACGCUAUCAACCUGAAUCUCCUGACUUGGAAUUUAAAUUUUUCUGUCAUUGACCUCAGUGAGCAGAUGACCCAGCUGCCUGGCAAAGUCACGGGAAGGGCUGAGUAUCAGGACGCUGCUUGAGCUCUGCAGUGCAUAACAUAUUUGUAAACAAAAUAAAAAUUGUCCUUCUAGACUUUCCUGUGUGUAAAGAAAUAAUGGAUGGGAUCAGCAUCUUGGUACUUAGGUUUUGGUGAGACAGACCCUUUAUCACUCCUCUAGAUCAGGUCUUAUAGUGUAACAGAGCUAUGUAAGGGGUCUUCUUGGGUUUUACACAAAGGGUCCUCUUUACUGAUCCAAAUGGCAGGGAGUUUGGAGUUGGGGUUCCAAGUCUUUGUUUUAUUAUUAUGGACUCCUCUCUGUAGUGAAGGCUGAUUUUUAACUCCUUUAACCUCUUCAGCAUUGACACAAUAUAAAAUCAAGACAUAUUUUUUCACAUCUCAAAGACAAAACAAUUAUAUUCUUUUAUUAUAUAAGUUACACAAAUAAUCUAAUGCUGAUUUCCUUUCUCUGAUGUCAGAUUACGCUGCAGCGUUGGAAUCAGUGGCUGAUUUAGAUAUUGGCCUGUAAGGAAGUUUUUGCAAGCAUAGGAGAAGAAAGCAUGAGUAAUGGAUUUUCUUUUUUAAACAAUACUAGAGAUCAUGCUAUUACUAGUAAGUGUGCAGACUAAAGCCAAACCAGCCUAUAUUCCUCAUCCUUGGAUCAAACAAACCAAAAAGUAGUAGUCAUAUUAAUAUAUUUGAAUUUCAAAUCCCUGGAAUGGUCUGGGCUACUUAGUGAAAACGAAGCCAAAUUUACUAGAAGAAGGAUUUCCCACUGGAAAGAAAAGCGAUCACAUAGCUCUUGUAAUGUUUGCCAUAGCACAGCACAGCUGGAUCAGCUGACAGCUUCUGAAAUUACAAUCAUGAUAGGUUUCUUUGUUUCAAAUCUUGCUUAUCUUGUAAGGUCUUCUACAUAUAACUCAUCUUGUAACUUCCUUUUCUGUCCACUUUCUAAGGUACAGGCAAGGACAGGAAAAGGGUGUUUGCGAAGGCUGCAGAAAAGUGCUCUGCUAUUCAGGGAAGUCUUUGUUUCUCUACAGCUUCAGCUGCUAUGGGGAUCACGUUACAGGGUAGUUUUUGUUGUGGACAUGUCUUACGCGCUUAAAAAAAUCAUAACAGAGGAGGGAUCAAACUCCCCAUGCUCUGUUUUAUCUGAAGGGUUAAGUUUCACUGAAAAAAAAGACCUAAAACUUUUACAUGUACUGGGUAUUAGAUGAGACGAUUAAAAAAAAAAAAAGGUUCCCUUUGACAGUAAUUUUUAUGUAAAUUGCCUAUUUUCUCUCUGGUCCCCUUCCUUCCACCCUAGGAGAGCUCAUCAUCUCACAGGUAUCACCAGGUACCCCUUGGCAGCCCGGCUAUUGUGUUUUAAUUUCAUGUACCAUGUUACAGCAAGAAGUGCUUUAGAAAUGCAGAGAGUUUUGAUGGCUUAGGUGGAUCUCAAUAUUGGUUCACCUAGUGCAUAGGGCCAUAAUAGUGGUACAUUUCAGAAAUUCCUAUUAUUCGAAAGCUGGGCGUGAUUCUCCAUCAGGAAAGCUGUCAGAGGGUGCACGUGUAAGCCUGAAUAAGGGCAUGUAUCAAGAGAUACAGGUUGCUGCUAGACAUCUCUGUUGGCCAUCAGAGUGAAGACCCCUGGAUACUAAAUUUUUUGUACCCAGGACAGAUUUGCUGAUUAGUAGUUAUAAUGAUGACAAAACCCACCUUUGGUGACUGGUUUUCUAGACAGUGUUUCCCUGACAGCAGCCUUUUUUUAUUUUUCUUUUUUUUUUUUUAUGCCACCAAAGCUUUAAAGAUUACUGAGGUAGAUGUUAGCUUCCAGCUAGUAUUAGGCAGAUCAAACUCUUCACUCCUUUUAUAAUGGGGUUACUCAUUCACCUUUUUUAUUUCAAGCCUGUGGAAAGCUACAUCCUCACUUGCUGACAUAACAGGAGAAAGGAAAAAGAUGAAGGAAGUGUCAAACCUGAAAUUUCCCAUUUUUUCCCCUAAGCUUCUGCAGUCUGAUGAAUGUGCCAUCAGCAACCUGACCUUCAGGUGAUUCACCAAAGCAAUUUAAAAGGAAGAGCUCAACAGCUAACACCCUCAUGCUUUUUGUGGUGUUCAUGUAUUAUCCAAGAAACAAGUAACUACCAAGUAAACAGGUGCAGGUGUUUCAUCAUCACACAGCGAGUUGAAUUCAAAAUAGAUGGUUUUCUUUCUAGGCAGUCUGGAGUUAUAGCUGAUGUGUUAUAGCCAAUUUAGGUAGAUGCAAGGGGGAAACAUUGUUCAGGAAGUGGCUAAAGAAAUAGGUUAUGUUUGCAAGUAAGAGUCAGACUGAGCUGCUGUUUACAUGAAGAUGGUAAUGUUUUGGUGUCAUCUGCCAUCCAGGUCUACAGCAUAAUAUCCUGGGAUGGGGAAAUGUGCUCUCUCUUGCAGAUGACUCUAAACUUGGUUUUCCAGUCCCCCAUUUUCCUGUCUUCUCUACUUAGAUGCUACACUGUGGCUCUUGGCUACCUGACCUUUAAGCAUGUAGCUUACUUGCAGGGGAGAGGCGGGCAGCCUUGCUGCCAAUGCACAUCCACCAGGACAGCAGCAACUGCAGUGUUUUCAUGGAUGUGAAUUAUGUGCUGGUUUAUUUCUUCUCUCGUGGUGAACUUCCUUGCUUUUAGGAGGAAAUCCUUCCCUGGUCAUAGUUUGAGAACUGCUAAGCAGAUCACAGAUUGAGAGAGGAGGUGCACAGGGGUCCUCCCAAAGAGGCCGAAAUUUAAGGGAGAACAUACAGGGAGAGUGCAGAGGAAUGUCCAUUUUGAUUGCACAGAAACAUCAGUUUCAGGCUUAAAAAACCCCGUGGGAAACUCCAGAAGAGGGAGCAGACAAAACUGAAUUUAGGAGAUGCGCAGCCUCCUUGAACUUCAGGUUCUUCACUGAGCUGCUAGCUGUUGUAGUGUAUUAUGGUGGGUGCAAAAAGACUGUUAACGUAAGUUAGCAGUAACACCUCUAAAAACAUUGUUUAGUAGGGAGAAGGCUAGUUUUGGCUUACAGUGCAGCCAAAUGGAGUAUGCCCAGGGCUAACAGUAUCGUUCUGACACUGACUCGUGGCUGAGAGGCAGCGAGGGCUGUGAGUCACAUCCCCGCCAUACCCAAUGGCAGCUCUUCCAUCCGCUCUUGCAGUAGGUGCUUCACUGCCAUGUUAUUUUCCAGCUAAAUAUAGAAGAUUGUGUAGGUGGCCGUACAAUGACAUCUGUUGUUGGGGUUCACUUAGUAGUCUGCAGGAGUUUACCCUUCAGUUAGAUCUUCCUGUCCCUAGCAGCGUUAAUGCAAAGAGCUGAGCUUAGUCACAAACACAUAGGAAAAGGUGAUAGUGAAACGCACGGGUGCCUUAGCACUUGUGAGUCACCUCCCUGCUGCGUCAUGCACGGCAGAUGCUUUUAGUGCCGGUGAUGCAGGAUGCCUGGCUGCCAUUUCCACGGCAAACAGUGGGACUCAGUGACCCCUCUUGCUUCCUCACUGGCAGGAGCUCCAGGUCCCAGGCUCUGCCAGGGCUCCCCCAUGCUUUUGCAUUGCCCUAAAAGCAUUCCUGGGUGGUUUGCAGUUUGUCCCCCUUGAUAUGACAUGCUGUUAGCAUGAUGGGGGUUGACUGCUAAUAGCCUUAAAAAAAAAAAAGGAAGGGGAAGGUGUACUCAUCUGGGAUGCUGACAGAGCCUAACCACAGGUUCCAAAUAAAACGUGAUUUUGCAGGACAUCUCUGUAAAAUGUGAGUGAAGCCUCAUGGUAUUUUCAGAAAACCCAGCCAGUGAAACUGGCUGGCAUAAUGAGACUGAGAAAGGCUGCUGUCCUCAGUGUGCAGCAGCCUUCCCUUAAUGAUUUUUUAUUAAGCAUUCUCUCUUUGCUAUGCAAAUGUGGGUAGAGAACACAAAGAUCGCUAAAUGCGAUGUGCAUCAGAGCUCCAUAAUCAGGAGCAGAUACUUUUCUUAUUAUUCAUUGCAUACAUUCAGGAAGCCAUUACGGUAUCUGUUCUGAAUAUGGAUGAUGAAUAAUAUACAAAUAAUUCAUCAAAACCCUAACAGGUGUAUUGACAUGAUAUUAACUCAGCAAGCGAUCACGCUGCCUGGCUGGAAGUAUCAUAGUUACUGAUUUUUGGCUUUUUUUUCCCUCCCCACCUCCCAUCUUCCCUUAGUUUCCAAAUCUCCCAUUCAGAUUUAAGGUUUUUCCCCAUCACCAACAUCAACUGACUUGUAACCUGCAGUUGAUACCACAACAUAAAGCAAGGUUAAAGAAAGGGGAAAAAAAAAAGUCUUACUAUAAAUUGCUUCAUUCAAAUUUACUGCAGAACAAAUACUAAAAAUGCACCUGCUGAAGUAACCCUUUUAUAUUUAGCCUGGAUAGGACCAAUUGCACCUGUCAUAGUUUAGAUGUUGUUUUUCACAAAGGUCAUGCUGAAACGAGUUUAAGCCUUCUAUUUAAAUUAUUUAUUACUUUU